CGUCAUUCUCGCGUCGUCCGCCUGAGGUAAAUGUUGAAGUUGGUGGUAAUUUGUGGAAUAAGUGCUGAAUUGAGGAUAGCAGAAGCUUGGAAUACGGUGGCCCUUCUUUCGCAGCCAUGAGGCGAAGUAAGGCAGACGUUGAACGCUACAUUUCUUCAGUAGAGAGUCUCUCUCCGUCUCAAAAAGAGAAACCGGUGAAGGGAUUUUUAUUUGCAAAAUUAUAUUUUGAAGCCAAGGAGUAUGAACUUGCUAAAAGACACGUCUCGGCGUAUUUAACCAUUCAGGUCAGAGAUCCCAAAGCACAUCGGUUCCUUGGUCAACUUUAUGAACUUGAAGGAGAAAUUGAAAAAGCUGUUGGAUGUUACAAGCGCUCGGUGGAUCUGAACCCAGCCCAGCGUGACCUGGUUCUGAAAGUUGCCGAGCUGCUGUGCAGUAAACCGGAGCUUGACAGCAGGGCAGAAUUCUGGGUGGAGAAAGCUGCCAAGCUUUUGCCAGGUCACCCUGCCGUCUUCGACCUACGGGAGAAAUUGCUGAGUGUGCAGGGGCAGAAAGGCUGGAACCAGCUUUAUGACCUGCUGCAGUCCGAGCUCCAGCUGCGUCCUUCUGAUGCCCAUGUUAACGGCAGACUGGUGCGGCUCUACUGCUUGGAUGGACGUUUGGAAGAAGCAGCGAAGCACUGCCUGGCUGUGGAAAGCACUGGAGUCUUAAGAGACAGCCUAGACUGGUACGCCACUGUUGUCCAGACGCUUCAGGAAUACGUGGCUCAACCAAGCGUAUCUUUGAAUGAAAAGGCAUGUCGCAAGUUCCACAAGGAGCUCUUGCUGGCUCAUAGUAAUCUCUUGAGGUUCACACUUGCUGAAAAAGAUUGCAGGGAGAGUGUGAAGGCGCUUCAGAAUUUUGACCGUGCUAUGCAGUCUUUAAAGAACACUGCCUUGAAAGCUGCGGAUGAGCUCCUGGAGGUGUUCACAGAAAUGAGAGCUCAUCUGUAUCUUUAUGCUGGGACCCUGCUGCUGAAGAUGGCUGUGGAAAAGGAGGAGCAGUGGAGAGCUGUUGUCAAUUUAGCAGCACUCUGUUACCUGCUAGCUUAUCAGGUUCCAAGACCACAGAAAAAGCCUGAGAAAGGUGAACGCACGUCACCGAGACCUCUCGAGGCAUUAGCUUGUUAUCGCCAAAGCCAAGCAGGCCACAUGCUGCUGAAUCUAAACCAGGAAACGGAGCACUUUGUGAAGGAGGUGGUGGAGGUGUUUGGGAACAGAAGUGGGCAGGACACCCUGUUUGAGAAGCUUUUCAGUACACAAGCCCCUUUGGAUCUCUCGUUCAUUGGGAAUGAUAUCAUCUCCAACAUCAGCACGCGAUCACCGGAUGUACAAGAGCUGGCAAAGGGGGACAGUGGUUCCAUCUUGCACUGUGGGGAUUUGCAACACCUGACAUGGCUGGGAUUGCAGUGGUCAAUGAUGGGCCAGAGACCCGCAGUGAAAGACUGGCUGAAGCAGCUCUUUCCUCGUCUCACUCUGGAAACAUUCAAACUGGACACCAAUGCUCCGGAGUCAAUCUGUCUGCUUGACCUUGAGGUGUUUCUGUGUGGUGUGGUGUUCACAAGUCACACUCAGCUGCAAGAAACAGCAAAGAUUUCUGCCAGUUCACACCUGCAUGAGCCCAGAUGUUUACCAUCACAGCUUAUGAAACUCUUAUCGUCGGAGAGACAGAGGGAGUGGUGGGAUGCAGCCUAUAGCCUCAUUUAUAAAAAAGCAAUACCCAAUACAUCUGCUAAACUGCGAAUGAUCGUCCAACAUGGCCUGAACACCCUGCGAGCGAGAGAGAAACAUGGUCUUCAGCCUGCGCUGCUCAUCCACUGGGCCAAACAUCUCAGUGUCAUGGGUGAUGGUGUGAACUCCUACUAUGACCAGAAAGAAUACGUUGGCCGUAGUGUGCACUACUGGCAUGUUGUGCUCCCUUUGCUUGAGAAAAUUGAGAAGAGAUGCAGCAUUCCUGAGCCCCUUGAGCCAUUAUUCAUGCAUUUCGCUAGUAAGGACAUACAGGUUUCUGAAAUUAAAGGCUAUGAAGAGGAGGCUAUGAUGGCAUUCGCUACUCUUCUUGACAUUGAGGGCAAUACUGAGCAGGCCAUCUUGAAGCUUGAGAAGCUCAAUUGCAUCUCUUCUUACUGGCAUCUUGCUCAGAUCUAUCAGAGACUCUCUGAAGAGGCAGGAAAUGGAGUUGGGGAAACUCAAGAAAUGUGCGUCAGUUUUCUCCAGCAGUUCAGGAAAUACUUAUCGAAGAUCUACCAUGCUGGUGCAGAUGACAUGGAGAAGCUGCCGGUGUCAAUGGAGGAAAUUAUGGACUUGCUCAAUGAGGUCAAUCAGCAGCUUGGAGAGAGUGGAGAGGCUGUGGAUGGAGUUCAUGAAGGACUUCCAAUGACUUCAAGCCCACACUCCCUCACAGAUCCAGCUGUGGCUGCUUCCCAGAAGUUCUCAAUGUCCUCUCUGGCCAAAAGUGUCCUCUCUCCCUCUAAGAGAUCGGUGUUUUCUCCCAAAACACCCCCUCACUGGGUGGAGGAUCAUAAGCCACUUUUGCAGAUGCUCUGUCAAGUCGAGGCUUUGAAGAACAAGGUUCAUGAUCUGAGACAAAAUUCCUCUGGAUCAACAGAGUCCCCAUUUCACAGAGUGUAUGGAGGGAAUUAUGCAGCAGAGGCAUUUCAGGAGCCCUUUUCAGCAACGCAGUCGUUCCAUGGAGUGCCUCUUACUGUUGCCACUACAGGUCCUUCAGUGUACUACAACCAGUCCCCUGCAUAUAAUUCACAGUGCCUUCUUCGCACUGCUGCUAACGUAACACCAUCCAAGGCACCCGUCUAUGGAAUGAAUCGUCUCCCUCAGCCGCAUAUGUAUGCCUACCAGCAACCAACACAUACACCCCCUCUUCAAACAGGAGCAUGCAUGUACUCUCAAGAUCAGGUUUUUGGUACCUCCAUCAGGUUUGAAUCACCAGCUACAAGCUUGCUGUCCCCAUACAGUGAAGAAUACUGCAGUCAUGUUUCUCAACCAUCUACCAAUCCAGCAUUGCCAGAACCUGGGUAUUUCACUAAGCCAACUGUAAUACCUGCUCAGUCCUGUAAGAGCAGUGAAGGCAAGUCAGUGGACUUUAAGAUGAACUUUGGCCAGCAAAAUCCAGUUGAGACUUCUAAGCCAGUGACUGGAGCUGCCUCCCAAACAACUCCAACAGCAGCUGCUUUCAAGUUCAAUUCAAACUUCAAAUCUAAUGAUGGUGACUUUACUUUCUCAGCUGCAGAGGUGAAAAAUAACAGUGAAAGCCUCUUGGGGCUUCUGACUUCAGAUAUUCCUCCCAGACCUGAAGGCCAUUCAACCCUAAACUCUCAGUCACAAGACCCAACACCCAGCCAUAGUGGGGUCUUUACUUUUGGGAGUGAAAAAGGCUUUUCAUUUGUUGAUGGCGCACAGGGUAAAACAACUUUUUUUGGAAAACCUGACCAAACAUUUAGCUUUGCAAACGUGACCAAGCCAGUGACUAGAGAGGAAAGUGAAGCGAAAUGUGUCGAAAGUGAUGACAGCACCCAUGUUGAAGAGGAUGAGGAUGGUCCACAUUUUGAACCCAUCGUUCCUCUGCCCAAUAAGAUUGAUGUCAAAACUGGGGAGGAGGAGGAAGAAGAAAUGUUCUGUAACAGAGCCAAAUUGUUCCGUUUUGAGGCAGAAACAAAAGAAUGGAAAGAAAGAGGCAUUGGAUCUAUCAAAAUCCUAAAGCACAAAACAUCAGGCAAAUAUCGAUUGUUGAUGAGGAGAGAACAGGUUUUAAAAAUAUGUGCAAAUCACUACAUCACUGCAGACAUGGUUCUGAAACCAAAUGCUGGAUCUGAUAAAUCAUGGGUAUGGUAUGCUGUGGACUAUGCUGAUGAAAUGCAAAAGACAGAACAGCUGGCUAUUCGUUUUAAGACUGCAGAUGAAGCAGCUUUAUUCAAACAAAAAUUUGAGGAAGCUCAGAAAGAUAUUCUUAAACAGCCAAAACUGCAAAGUCAACUGAAUGAAAAUGACUCCAAACCUUCUACUUUUGAGGAAUCAAGCAGAAAUGUUGAUCUUAAAACCCUUUUUGCUAAGAAGGAAGGUGAAUGGGAUUGUAAUGUCUGCGCUGUAAGAAAUAACUCCUCAUCGAAAGAAUGUGUUGCUUGUAGCAGCCCCAAUCCUUGCGGUGACCCGAAGGCUGAAACUAAACCAGAUGAUGGAUUUAAAAGUGCUCCUGCACCCUCAACAGGAGCCUUUAUGUUUGGACUUGGUGGAAGUUCUAAGGAUGCCAGUGAUGCCAGCUUCAAGGCAUUUGGAUCCCAGAUUCCUUUUUCCUUUAAAUUUGGAACACCGCCAACUGUUACUCCAUCAAAUCAGCAUGAGACAGAGUCUGGUCAACUUGAGCAAAAUGUGGAUUUGAACAAAAAUGUUGAUCUUAAAACCCUUUUUGCUAAGAAGGAAGGUGAAUGGGAUUGUAAUGUCUGCGCUGUAAGAAAUAACUCCUCAUCGAAAGAAUGUGUUGCUUGUAGCAGCCCCAAUCCUUGCGGUGACCCAAAGGCUGAAACUAAACCAGAUGAUGGAUUUAAAAGUGCUUCUGCACCCUCAACAGGAGCCUUUAUGUUUGGACUUGGUGGAAGUUCUAAGGAUGCCGGUGAUGCCAGCUUCAAGGCAUUUGGAUCCCAGAUUCCUUUUUCCUUUAAAUUUGGAACACCGCCAACUGUUACUCCGUCUAAUCAGGGUGAGACAAAGUCUGGUCAACUUGAGCAAAAUGUGGAUUCGAACAAAAAUGUUGAUCUUAAAACCCUUUUUGCUAAGAAGGAAGGUGAAUGGGAUUGUAAUGUCUGCGCUGUAAGAAAUAACUCCUCAUCGAAAGAAUGUGUUGCUUGUAGCAGCCCCAAUCCUUGCGGUGACCCGAAGGCUGAAACUAAACCAGAUGAUGGAUUUAAAAGUGCUUCUGCACCCUCAACAGGAGCCUUUAUGUUUGGACUUGGUGGAAGUUCUAAGGAUGCCGGUGAUGCCAGCUUCAAGGCAUUUGGAUCCCAGAUUCCUUUUUCCUUUAAAUUUGGAACACCGCCAACUGUUACUCCGUCUAAUCAGGGUGAGACAAAGUCUGGUCAACUUGAGCAAAAUGUGGAUUCGAACAAAAAUGUUGAUCUUAAAACCCUUUUUGCUAAGAAGGAAGGUGAAUGGGAUUGUAAUGUCUGCGCUGUAAGAAAUAACUCCUCAUCGAAAGAAUGUGUUGCUUGUAGCAGCCCCAAUCCUUGCGGUGACCCGAAGGCUGAAACUAAACCAGAUGAUGGAUUUAAAAGUGCUUCUGCACCCUCAACAGGAGCCUUUAUGUUUGGACUUGGUGGAAGUUCUAAGGAUGCCGGUGAUGCCAGCUUCAAGGCAUUUGGAUCCCAGAUUCCUUUUUCCUUUAAAUUUGGAACACCGCCAACUGUUACUCCAUCCAAUCAGGGUGAGACAAAGUCUGGUCAACUUGAGCAAAAUGUGGAUUCGAACAAAAAUGUUGAUCUUAAAACCCUUUUUGCUAAGAAGGAAGGUGAAUGGGAUUGUAAUGUCUGCGCUGUAAGAAAUAACUCCUCAUCGAAAGAAUGUGUUGCUUGUAGCAGCCCCAAUCCUUGCAGUGACUCGAAGGCUGAAACUAAACCAGCUGAUGGAUUUAAAAGUGCUCCUGCACCCUCAACAGGAGCCUUUAUGUUUGGACUUGGUGGAAGUUCUAAAGAUGCCGGUGAUGCCAGCUUCAAGGCAUUUGGAUCCCAGAUUCCUUUUUCCUUUAAAUUUGGAUCACAGGCAUUCAGUCACAGUGAUGCAAAAAGGAAUGAGCCUUCUGCAAGCACUUGUGUUGCAAACCAAACCAAAACCGAUGCAGCUCCAGAAUCUACCAAACAGUCGGCAAGCGCUGCCUGCUUUAUUGGCUCUGGAUUUGAUAAGUUUAUCAAAAAAAGAGGUCAAUGGGAUUGUGAUAGCUGCCUGGUCAGGAAUGAGGCAGCUGCAGUAAACUGUGUUUCUUGUAAUGCUCCUUGUAGCAGCAGAAAAAAUGAAGCAAAAUGGGAUUGUAAUGUCUGUCUAGUUAGAAAUGAAGGCACAUCUAGUUGUUGUGUGUCAUGCAAGAGCCCUUAUCUAAAUGCAGACAGUACUCAGGCUGCACCAGCAUCCUUCACCUUUAGCUUUAGUACUGAUGGUCAAGCUAACCAUCCUGCAAGUACAGGGUUUACAGCCAACUUUGAAGCUGGUACUUUUCACUUUGAUCAGGGUAAGAAAGACACCCCACCAACAACUCAAGCUGAAACAUCUUCAACUAGUUCAAAAUCCUCUAUUUCAAUGCCAGGGUUAACCAGUGAAAUCAAAUUUGGUUUUAAGGGCUCUGAAUCAAAGCCAGCCAACAGUGAACCUACCUCAGUGUUGCUGAACAUCGCUGAACAACACAGAGAAAAAGAAAAGGAAGCAUCCUCCACAUCUGUCCAGUCAGCGGACAGUCCGAGUAAUGAUGAUUGUCCACUGAUUAUAGGAAAGCAGGUUCCAUUCAGUUUUGCAGACUUGGCCAAGUCUCUGCAGGGUAACUUUCAGUUCGAGGAAGAUGUGUACAAAACAGAAGAAAAUGAUGAUAUCCAGUUUGAGCCUGUGGUUAAGAUGCCUGAAAAAGUUGAUCUUGUUACAGGGGAAGAGGACGAGGAAUGUCUGUACACAAUACAUGUUAAGCUUUUCAAGUUUGAUAAUGAAACUCAUCAGUGGAAAGAACAAGGGGUUGGAAAUCUCAAAAUUCUUAAAAAUAAUCAAAACGGGAGGCUUAGAGUUCUAAUGAGACAAGAGCAAGUGCUGAAGGUGUGUGCUAAUCACUGGAUCACUACUACAAUGAACCUAAAACCCCUUUCUGGCUCAGAUCGUGCCUGGGUAUGGUUAGCAAACAACUUUUCAGAUGACGAUCCCAAGUUAGAACAGUUGGCUGCCAAGUUUAAAACUCCACAGCUUGCAGAAGAGUUUAAGCAAAAGUUUGAGGAGUGCCAACGACUCCUCUUGGACAUUCCUCUACAGACCCCUCAUAAGCUGGCUAAUUCAGACUGA